UACCAUGGCGAAUAUCUCGAAAACUUUUCAAACAUGUAUGUGGCACGUGUCUUUUUACCUAGAUCCACAAAGCCCUCCUCGCUAAAAUCCAAUACUGUUGUCCUCUCUUUCCGUUGAAGCCCCCGUCUCUUUCUUAAAUCAGAACACAAUCCACUUCGCUUUUUAUGAUAUUCAUUAAUCCGUAACUCUCUCUUCUUAUCUCCUUCUUCACUUGAGAUCUCAUCUCACUCUCGCUUCAUCAGCUUAUCAUCAUGUUUUUGAGUCAAGUGUUAAGGGAUUAUCAUUUCUAUUGACCCUUUAUGUUUUUCUGUCUUUUUAAUUAAUGUUCGACGAAUUUAUGCUGACUCACGUUCGCUCUCAAAUCUGGUUGCGCAAGAGGAAAAGGUUAAAACCCAACAACACCCUUUUCUGAAUUUUUAUAUUUGCCUCUUUGUAUCGUACUCAUACAUAAAAUCUUCGAUCCUAUUUCUUCUACAGUUUGUAUUAUAUUUUUUAAGGUCCUGCGGCCUAUAUAAUUAAUGGGUUAUUUAUUCUUGCUUUCAUAAUUGUUACUACUUGUAAUUGUAUAAGAAGAGUUACAGUUAAUUAGAUUAAGGUACUGUUGAUUUAGGUGGGUUUGUAAACAUAUAUAGGGAUUUUGAGGUUUCUGGUUUGUUUUGAGGACAAAUCUGUAGUUUGGUUGUUGGUGUUAAAAGUGGCGAAAAUGAGUUUGGGGACUGCCGAGGAUGAUUCGGCAUCAGAGAUUCAUAUUCCAGCUGAUAUAGAUUGGCAUAUGCUUGAUAAAUCUAAGUUCUUCUUUCUGGGUGCGGCUUUGUUUUCGGGCGUUUCUGCUGCUCUUUAUCCUGCUGUUGUGCUGAAAACCCGGCAGCAAGUAUCACACACUCCUGUUUCGUGCUUCAACAUGUCAUACACCAUGAUGCGUUAUGAAGGAUUUCGAGGUUUCUACAGAGGAUUUGGUACCUCUUUGAUGGGAACAAUUCCAGCUCGAGCUCUUUACAUGACAGCACUUGAGGUUACCAAGAGUAAUGUGGGGACUGCAACUGUUAGAUUAGGAUUUUCAGAUACUACAGCCACUGCUAUAGCUAACGCUGCAGCAGGGUUAAGUUCAGCUAUGGCUGCACAGCUAGUUUGGACCCCGAUCGAUGUCGUGAGUCAAAGAUUAAUGGUUCAAGGAUGCAACAAUAACACUAGCAAGAACAUUGUCCUUAAUGUAAGUUCUUGUAGAUAUAAUAAUGGUCUUGACGCAUUUAGGAAAAUUUUGGUUGCGGAUGGUCCAAGAGGAUUAUAUAGGGGAUUUGGGAUAUCAAUACUGACAUAUGCGCCAUCUAAUGCAGUUUGGUGGGCAUCUUACUCUGUAUCACAUAGGCUCAUAUGGGGUGGUCUUGGUUGCUAUAUGGGUAAGAAAGAUGAAAGUUCCACAAGCAUUGGUUGUUGGAGGCCUAGUUCAAAGGCAGUAGUGGCGGUGCAGGGUUUGAGUGCGGCCAUGGCCAGUGGUGUGUCAGCUAUAAUCACCAUGCCGCUUGACACUAUCAAGACAAGAUUACAGGUUUUGGAUGGAGAAGAAAAUGGGCAAAGAAGGCCACUGACUAUCCUACAGACAGUUCGAAAUUUGGUGAAGGAAGGAGGAUUGGCAGCUUGUUACAGGGGAUUGGGGCCUAGGUGGGCUUCAAUGUCUAUGUCUGCAGCCACCAUGAUCACUACAUAUGAGUUUUUGAAACGACUUUCUGCUAAGAGCCAAUAGAGCUAUACACCAUAACUAGUGUGGCCACAAGAAACAUAAAUUUGCCCAUCUAAGAGCCCUGUAGGUUUUAUUUUUUGGCUGAUUGAUGUAAAUUCCCAGUUUCUUUCACCUUUGUUAGAUUUCUUAAUCGAGUUGAAGAACACUGGAAGUCAUUGUAAACUUGUACAGUGGUAGCAGGAUACAACUAUUUCCCUAUAUGUAAUAAUGUACUUUUCAACGCUCAAUCCUGUACAAGUAUAUGAUGUAAUGGCUCAACAAGUAUUAAUUUUAUGAGGAUGAUAUAUUUAGCAUUGAA